AUGUCGCGCGUGGCCAAGCGGGUGCUUCUGACGUGUGGCGCGGGCGACCAUGGGCGCCUCGCGCUGGGCCACGACCUCGCGGCGAAGGUCCUGACGUACGUCGGCGGCCCUCUCGACGGCGUCGAAGUCCAGCAGGUGUCGUGCGGUGCUGCGCACACAGUCGUUUUGGACACGGACGGGUUCGUGUAUGCGGCCGGCAGCAACGACUGCGGCCAGCUCGGGCACUCCCCGCACCUCCCCUUCGUGCCCGCCGCGGAGGAAGUCCUCCUGCCCGAGCCCAUAGACAAGGUAGCCGCGGGAGGAUACCGAACGCUGUUUCUCGGCAAAUCGGGCACCGUAUACACCUGCGGCGCGUCCGCAAAGGGCGUGCUCGGCGCAGGAGGGCUCAUGAAGGGCGCCGGGUCGCGCGAGCUGCUCGCGGAGCCGCAGCAGGUCCGCGGUCUCGACGGAAUCGACGUGGCGGACGUCGCGUGCGGCAACGCGCACGCCGUGGCGCUGGCGCGCGACGGCACGGUGUACACGUGGGGCCGCGGCGGGGAAGGCCAGCUCGGGCGCGGCGCCGCGACGGCGAAGCGAAAGCGGGGCUUCUUGCGCAGCACUCGUGAGUCUUUCUCCGGCGGCGGGGACGACCCGGUGCUGCCGGUCGAGGCGCUCGCCGGCGAGGACGUGGCCGCGGUCGCGGCGGGCUGGGGCCACUCCGGGGCCGUGACGCGCAGCGGCGCGGCGUUUUUGUGGGGCCAGAACGCGCACGGACAGGCGGUGCCGGGCGCGCCGCAGGUUCCGGUCUUUUCUCCGACGAAGGUGGCGGAGCUGAACUCGACGGAGCAGCUGGCGAUGGGCGCGCUGCAUACAGUGGCGCUGCUGCGAGGCGGGCACGUGUGCGUGUGGGGGACGGGUAUAAACGGGAGUUUGGGUACUGGGAAGUCUGGGCUGGCGUCAGCGGCGGCGGGGCGGGCCAAGGGGCCGACGGUGCUGCCGGAGCUGCCGAGCAUGAUGAGUGUGGCGUCGGGGUGGCGGCACAACGCGGCGGUGGCGCAGGGCGGGCAGGUGUGGGUGUGGGGGUGGAGUGGGUGGAGUGAGGCGUUUGACGGGUCAGGGCAGCUGAGUCAGGGGGAGGGGAAGGAGGAGGACUGCGAGUGGCCGAUGCCCGUGGAGGGGAAGAGCGCGGCGGGGUUGCCGGAGGGGAUGAAGUGGCGCGCGGUGGCCGUGUCGUGCGGCAUGCAGCACACGGCGGUCGUGGCGGAGCUCUUCAGCGCGAAGUGA